UCCUCAUCUAUAUAUACAAUUGAAUCCCCUCACUUUCUUCUCAGACUGUCCUCCUCCUUUCUUUAAUUGUGUUAACUGGGCACAUUCUCAAUUUUUCUUUGGUUAAGAAAUGGAAGUUCUUGGAUGUGUCAUAGUAACUUUGCUCACAACACUAAAAGCAGUUGAGGGCUAUGGCAGUGGGUGGACUGAUGCUCAUGCUACCUUCUAUGGAGGCAGUGAUGCAUCUGGAACAAUGGGUGGGGCUUGUGGAUAUGGAAACCUUUACAGCCAGGGCUAUGGGACAAACACAGCUGCACUAAGUACUGCUUUAUUCAACAGUGGAUUUAGAUGUGGAUCUUGCUAUGAGAUUAAAUGUGCAAAUACCAAAUGGUGCUUACCAGGGUCCAUUAUUGUCACUGCAACCAACUUCUGCCCACCAAACUUUGCUCUCCCUAAUAACAAUGGAGGCUGGUGUAACCCUCCCCUUCAACACUUCGAUCUUUCACAGCCCAUCUUUCAACGCAUUGCACAGUACAAAGCUGGCAUAGUCCCAGUUCAGUACAGGAGGGUUGCCUGCAUGAAGACUGGAGGAAUCAGAUUCACAAUUAAUGGACACUCAUACUUCAAUCUGGUGCUGAUAACCAAUGUAGGCGGUGCAGGCGAUGUCGUAGCUGUGUCAAUAAAAGGCUCAAAAACUGGCUGGCAAUGCAUGUCCAGGAACUGGGGUCAGAACUGGCAGAGCAACUCUUACUUCAAUGGCCAAGCCCUCUCGUUCAAGGUCACAACAAGUGAUGGCCGCACGGUCACCUCCAACAAUGUGGCUCCAUCCAACUGGAACUUUGGCCAAACCUACAGUGGAGGCCAGUUCUAAUUUUCCCAACACAAAUCUAACCAUAAUCACACCUCCAAUAUGAUCCCAUAACCUCUAACUUCAGCAGGAUUUUCUUUUUCUCUAAUUAUAUAUCUAUGAGUGUAUCAUGGUGGGCUGCUUUAAAAAUAGCACCCCCAUGUGGGAUUUUUGCCUGACUGCAAUCUUUAAGUUAGGCCUUUUUUCCCCCUGUAAACUGAGGCAAUCUGCAAACAGCAGAAAUCCUCAAACUAUGUAUAAUUUGUUUUUGUGAUGUAUUUUGGCUGAGGUGAAAAAGGCAUUUCACCCGCUUAAGGUCAGUUGGUUUUGUUAUCCAAUGCUUUUGGUUUUCACCUGUUCAGUGCCAGAGGUUUUUUCUGCCAUGGCAAAUUAACAUGUUACUGUAAAAGGCUUGUUGUCUAAAUAAUACUUGGAGUGUUGUUGAUGGAACAA